UAGUUCGGUCGUGUUGGUUUUAGUUAAGGUUUACAAUAACAGUAUAUAAUAGUAGCGGAUCUCUUGGUCAAGUUCUCUUGGUCAUGAACUCGCUCGCUCUUGAAGAUUCACACAUAGAACGGACAGUACCCAUGUGCUCUCCUUGGAAUAUAGCCUAAUAUAGAAGUACCUAUUCCUUGCUGGAUUAAUUAAGCAGAAUUCAACAACAUGGACCUUUCAUUUAUGGCUGCGCAGAUCCCAGUUAUGACCGGAGCUUUCAUGGAUUCACCCAACGGUGACUACAGUGCUGAGCACUCUCUCUUCAACUCAUCCGCCAGUGUGAACGCCAUCCCCACAACUACUGUAAACAUCCAGCCCGACGAGCAGCAACGCGUGUCCACAGAUGCUAUCUGGCUAUGGGUCGCCAUCAUUGCCACGAUUGGAAACAUUGUGGUGGUUGGCGUGGUUUACGCAUUCACUUUCUAAUUCUUUCAUUCAGAGGCUGAGGAUGUGGGCUGUGCAAAGUUGUAAAACAUCACCAGAUGAUAGAGAUAGUAUUUUCAGUUCAGUUUCAGUUCUAACUUAAACCAAUCUCAUCACCAAAACCUGGAAACCUGCCUCACACUGUAGUGAGAAUUGUUUUGUUUACAGGAUGUUCAAAAGGAUUAAAUGACCCUUGAGGUUUGGACCUACUUAAAUGUCCCAGGACACAUGACAAGCAAUUAAGAGAAGUGCUGCUCAAUUAUUUG